AGUUCGCUGCUACAGGGAGCUCACCACUGCGCAAAGUUGAAGUACUUAAAGCGGCUUCUGAAACCAUGCCCGCUCGCUCAGUCCGCGUUUCCCUGGCAACUGGAUCAGGCAGUUCGGCGGAGAGAUUGAUGAGGGCGCGCGCAACGCUUCUAAUUCGUCGCUGGACCAUCGAUAUGUGCGCGAGAGCCAAAGGUGCGACGCGGUGCUCAGUCGUCCAUAGCAUAGCGAUUUGGCUCGUGUGUCCAUCUAAACUGGCCACACAAGGAUACCAAAAGCUUCUCCCUGACGGCACAGAUGUUACUGCAUCUGUCGCUUACUUGUGAGGAAUUUAGUAAACUCUGACACUGAUAGAAAGUCGGUUCAAAAACACGCAAGAUGUUGAGAGCAUCCUUCUGACAUUUCAGUCGCAUUCAGUCCAAAACGUAGCGAAACAUCUAUCAUAUCUGUGCACUCUUUCUCUGAGUUCACAGCUGACCAUGCAAAUGAACGCUAUGGACAUGCUACAGUGGAGCAGCAGAAUAAAAGAGCGACCCGCGUGGAUGUGCGUGUCGCCACGAGCAGGAGCGCGAGAGUUUAGCCGUGCGUUAUCGUGGACGUGUACUUUUUUCCUGCUUCAGUAUAAUCCCGGGCACACGUGAUUGAACAAGUCACUUGGCGGAGGUAUUCCAUCAUUUGUCAAGGGAAGCUUGUUUCCGAGCAAUAGGAAAACUAGUCUAUUGUUGUUGUUGUUGUUGUUUUCCUAUAGUCACUCGUGCAUGUGUCGCCGUGCGUUUCUGUAGGCUAAUCGCCUGCGCACCUGCCAACUUUUCCCUGAGCGCGCGGGUUUUUGGACGGCAAACCGCUGGAGUCUGAAUGCACGAGAUCGCGGCGCGCGGAGCUCCUGCUUCUCGCCUCGCGGCCAAACGCAUGUGCAUAACUGCACAGUCCAGAGUGCCUCGCUUUCACUCACGUCUCCCCUUCGAGCUCAGAGGGCAUUUCCAAAACAUUGUGUCCUAUCUAGAACACCCAAUGUCGAAGAAACGAAAAACUCCGGACGACGAUGACAGAGGAGGUGGAGAAGGAGGAGGAGGAGGAGAGCUCGCGAGAGCAGAGGAUUUCCCGCGUUCAAGCUGCGCUGACCAAGGUCUGACGGAUGAGAAAGUGAAGGCGUACCUUUCCCUGCACCCGCAGAUGCUGGAUGAGUUUGUGCUGGAGAGCGUGAGCGCGGAGACGGUGGACAGAUGGCUGAAGCGCAAGAGCAGCAGCCCUCCUACAGAUGAGCCUUCAACUAAAGAAGUAAGCAGGCAGUACCAGGACACUAAUAUGCAGGGCGUGGUUUACGAGCUCAACAGCUACAUGGAGCAGCGGCUGGACACAGGCGGAGACAACAAACUCCUGCUGUACGAAUUGUGCAACAUCAUCAAAACAGCCACAAAAGCUGAUGGCUUUGCACUAUACUUCCUUGGAGAAUGCAACAAUACCCUGUGUUUAUUCACGCCAACAGGGGCAAAGGAGGGGCUUCCUGGGCUCAUCCCCUCCGGUCCCAUUGCGUUCGGUACCACCAUAGCUGCUCACGUUGCCAAGACACGCAAGACACUACUUGUAGAAGACAUCAUGGGGGAUGAGCGGUUCCCCAAUGGCACAGGGCAGGACUCAGGGAUCCAUGUUCACUCUGUUCUGUGUCUCCCCAUCCUCACGGCCAUCGGAGACCUGAUCGCUGUGCUGGAGCUGCACCGCCACCUGGGCCGAGAGCCCUUCAACCUCAGCCACCAGGAGGUUGCCACUGCAAAUUUGGCAUGGGCUUCUGUAGCUAUUCACCAAGUGCAGGUCUGCAGAGGUUUGGCAAAGCAGACAGAGCUCAACGACUUCCUCCUAGAUGUGUCAAAAACGUACUUCGACAACAUUGUGGCAAUAGAUUCUCUACUUGAACAUAUCAUGAUAUAUGCAAAAAACCUGGUGAAUGCAGACAGAUGCGCCCUCUUCCAGGUCGAUCACAAUAACAAAGAGCUGUACUCUGACCUCUUUGACAUCGGGGAGGAGAAUGAAGGGAAGCCGGUAUUUAAGAAAACCAAAGAAAUUAGGUUUUCUAUAGAGAAGGGUAUAGCAGGUCAGGUGGCACGAACAGGAGAGGUCUUGAAUAUUCCAGAUGCCUAUGCAGACCCACGGUUCAACAGAGAAGUGGACCUGUAUACGGGCUACACGACACGGAACAUCCUGUGCAUGCCCAUCGUCAGCCGGGGAACCGUAAUAGGCGUCGUACAGAUGGUGAACAAGCUGAACGGAAGUGCCUUCACUAAAACUGAUGAGAACAACUUUAAGAUGUUUGCUGUCUUUUGUGCUCUGGCCUUACACUGUGCAAAUAUGUAUCACCGGAUCAGACAUUCGGAGUGCAUCUACAGGGUGACUAUGGAGAAACUUUCAUACCACAGCAUCUGCACAUCUGAAGAGUGGAAGACCCUCACACAGCUCUCCCUUCCUACCCCCAUUUACAAAGAGAUUGAACUGUUCCACUUUGACAUUAGCCCCUAUGAGGAACUCUGGCCUGCAGUCUUUGUGUAUAUGAUUCACAGUUCAUGUGGGAAAAACAGUUUUGAGCUGGAGAAGUUGUGUCGAUUCACCAUGUCAGUGCGAAAGAAUUACCGACGGGUUCCAUACCACAACUGGAAGCAUGCAGUGACUGUGGCCCACUGCAUGUACGUCAUUCUCCAGAAAACCUCUGGAAUCUUCACUGAACUGGAGAGGAAAGGUCUGCUUAUAGCCUGCUUGUGUCAUGACUUGGACCACCGAGGCUACAGCAACAGCUACCUGCAGAAGUUUGACCACCCGUUGGCGGCGCUGUAUUCCACCUCCACCAUGGAACAGCAUCAUUUCUCCCAGACAGUGUCUAUCCUGCAGCUGGAAGGGCACAAUAUUUUCUCCAACCUGACUUCCAGCGAGUACGAGCAGGUGCUAGAGAUCAUCCGCAAAGCCAUCAUUGCCACCGACCUGGCACUCUACUUUGGCAACCGCAAGCAGCUUUCUGAUCUGCUGAGCACAGGCGCGCUGGACCUGAACAACCAUGCCCACAGGGACCGUGUAAUUGGCCUGAUGAUGACUGCGUGUGAUCUCUGCUCUGUUACCAAACUGUGGCCUGUCACUCGCCUCACAGCCAAUGACAUCUAUGCAGAGUUCUGGGCUGAGGGGGAUGAGAUGAAGAAGAUAGGAAUGCAGCCCAUUCCGAUGAUGGACAGGGAUAAGAAGGAUGAGGUUCCCCAGGGACAGGUGGGUUUUUACAAUGCAGUGGCCAUUCCCUGUUACACCACGCUGUCAGAGCUGUUCCCUCCAUCUGCUCCUCUUCUUAGAGCCUGCAGGGAAAACCUGGGCCAGUGGGAGAGGAUAGUUCAAGGAGAAGAGCCGUGUGCGUGGACUCCAUGUGAGGUACCAGAGCAGAGUGAGCUGCUGGAGACUGGACCAGUCAAAGUGGACAACUGACUCAGCCUGAGACCUUCAGCCUUGAACACGACACCAUCCGCACCCUGCCAGAGACACUGCACUUCGUUUAGAACAGUCCUACUUCCUCUGGAGAUGGGAGGGAGCAGAGAGGCCAGGCAGGAGAGGUGAUAUUCACCAAGCAACUAAAGGAAGAAUCUAAAAGAGACAAAGCAAAACAAGCGUUACCUCAGUGGGUGACAGAGGCUAUAGACUCUAAUUAUAAUGGCUCUCCCAGGAUGCAGGAUUCGAUCGCCUCAAAUCCGCUCUGUGUGGGACCGCCUUUGGUCUGAAUGGACUUCUUUAGCUUCGAGUUUUCCUCGGAUGGUUGCUUUUUUUUUUUUAAUGUUUAGUUUUGAGGUGAAAUCUAAUUUGUUUUUCAAAUGGUUGCUUUUGUGGUCUUAUAUUUGAAGAGGCCUUAAAAUCUGAACCUGCAGUUCCUACUAAAUGACUUGUAACUGGAGAGGGUUCAGGUCAUCUGAAAUGGUACUUUAAUUCCUGCUGUGAUCAAAACAUCGAACGCAAGACCUACUUGGGAGUUUCAGAGAGACGGUAGGGAGCGUAAAGGUGCAUGAGGCGAGGCCGAGCACGUUGGCAGUCUUGUUGACGUGUUCUGUUCGUUUGUGCGAAGAUGUUUUGCAGUACUUGAAUGAAGAAAUACAGCCUAUUCUAUGUGGGGAGGGGGUUGGGGGGGAGGAGAGAAACAAAUCCUGCAGUGUAUCCGUCUGAAGUAAGAGAGCUGUUGUGACGAAAGAAGCCAGAUCAUUCUGAACCUUACUGUAGUCACACGAGAGUCACAAUGUUCCUCUCUAAAAUCUAUGACCAUUCAACCUGAUGUACAAAUCAGCUUUUGAUCCUCUUGUUCUCAAAGUGCAGAACCUUGGGCAAUCCACUCAUUUCUAAGGCAAACAGUAAUAAAUGUUCUCAGCAUUGGUGCAUUGUGACUCUGUAGUGGCAGGAACACAAAAGUAAACCAUAAAUUCUCAUUAACAGUAAUAUUUAAUUAGUAAUUAUAGACUUCCAAAAUGCCCAUUGCACUCUCUUAAAUAGGGCUGUUUAUUGUUCAUUUUUAUAUUACUGUCAUAUAAAGACUUAUGCACAAGAUGAGUUCAAACUUACACGCCUCAUUAGUGCUUAGUGCUCUUAGUCCUCUGAAUUUGGAGAAAGUAAUACUACUGUAUAUGUAGGACAGGAAAGAAAACAACCACUAUGACGAAUGCAGUCUGGCUUGCUACCAUUUGUGCCCAAUUGUUUGUUUGUUUUUUUUUUUUCUUUUUUUCUUAAGGGUAUUUUUUUUUUCCCUAAAAGCAACACAUGGCACUCAUGAUUACUGUUCCAAAACAUUCCAUGGCCUUAAUAUUAUAAGGUUCUAUCUGGACUAAGAAUAAAUAAGAGACAGAAACUUAUAAUAAUAAUGUCAAGAUAACUAGAAUGAUAGUGACAUGAAAUACUUACUUAUUAAAAGUUCACAGUAAUGUCUAAAACAUCUUAAAGCAAUAAGUUAAUAUUUCAUCAAAUAAUCAUGAAACAUUAAUUAAAAGCAUGGAAUGAUAUAUAUAUGGAUAGUGAUGAUUAAUAAAAUUGAGUAAUAAAAAACUUGAACAGUCAAACCCUCCACUUAGUUCAAGUUAAAAUGAUUUUAAAACAUUUCAAACCAUUAUGUGUAUGAAAAUGAAACACUGUGUUAAAAUAAACACUGUGCUCUUAAUUUUUUUUAAACAAUAUAUUCAAGUGAGAUGGUUAAUCACAUGAUUAGGCUACAUUUGAAAACAUGGCCAAAGAUAAAUUAGAAUGAGGAAUCACCUAUAAGGCGGAGACAGUGAGUUCUCUGAUUAAAUGGUUUGUUACGAAAAUAGAUCAUGCAUGGUUUGAUUUGGCUUGCGUUUCUGUUUUUCAGCCUGUAAUAUGUUGGGACAUAGCCAGCGCUCUGAACGCCUUCGUGUAAAUCCUGCAGAACUGAUGAGUGAAUGUAACCAACACAGUGGCAAACUGCUUAACCAUGUCUGUUGGGUUUUUUGGGGUACCAAAGGAGUACACUGUCAGAUAUGUGUGUUCAUGUGUGUUCAUGUGUGUUCAGUAAGUACAGCUUCCAUUGGAGUGUGUGUGCGUCACUGUUUUCUUUUCUUUUUUUUUCUCUUCUCUCCAUACUUUUGGCACAUGUGCAACGCGUGUGCGUGAAAAUGUGUUUGUAUUCAGAGACGUAAGCUACACUUUUAUGGUGCUACCUUAGGUCUUAGGCAGCCAUGCACUUUCAGAUUGUGUGUGUAUGUGUGUGUGUAUGCGCCAUAAACCCUUAAAACAAGAAUUCUCAAAGAAUCUGAGUUAAGAGGAACUUCACAGCAUUAUCCACCUCAGUGACUGAGCUCAUCCACAGCCUGUUUUUCUCCCCUCACAUGCACUAUGUUUAGAGACUCUUAACAUUGUAUUAUUAUUAUUAUUAUUAUUAAUACUAUUAUGUUGUCCUUAAUUUUAUUAUGGUUCCUAUUAUAUUGCUAUUAUUACUGCAACUAUCAAUGAUUAUUAGCAUUGUUAUUUUCUUAAUUAGAAUUAAAUUUUAAAUUAACUUAUAUUUUUUAUACAAAAAAGUUAGCAUUUUUGUUUUGUACAGAGCAAAGUUGUGCAUCAUUAAAGUGAAUGGUCAUGUAGACCCACUGUUGCCCAAGAAUAAUGAGGAAUGUCUUGACUGUAAAUAUAAGAGCAGUACUUUUAUUAAAUAUUUCUGGAAGAAAAA